GCAUGCCUUUUGCCUCUUGCCGCUCACUGACUCAGCUGUCCUCCAUGACCAUCUCAUCGUCGUACGCCACGCCACCACCACCACCGCCCUCCUUCUUUGGCUCCUCCUGCUGCUGCUGCUGCUGCUCUUUGGCCUCCUCAUCCUUCUUACCGUCCUCACCCUUCGUCUCGGCACUGGCAGCACCACCACCCUCAGCAGCUGGGGCUUCUGGGCCCCCUCCUGGCGGAAGGGCACUCGCAGGGUCAUCCUGCUUCUCGCCCUCCUUCUUGUCCGCCGGCACACUCUCGCCGUUGGCGGUUGGCAGAGGGGCGCCCUCAGGAGUGGCAUCCGUCGCUCCGUCAGUGGGCCGUUGCUCCCCAGCGGCAGGUUCUUCGCCAGAAGUGGCAGCGUCGGCAGGCUUGGCUGCAUCAGUGGCGGUGGUGCCAUUGGUGACGGGUGCGUCUUGCUGCUGCUGCUGCUGCUGCUGCUCUUGAGCAGUGACGGUGGGGUCAGUGGUGGUUGCGGCCUGCGUGUCGGCUCCUGGGGCGGCUUGGCCAUACAUAUUCUGAUACAUCAUGGCGUAGGCGUUGGGGUCCUGACGAAGGGAGGAGGGGGAAGGGGGGAAGGGGACAGGCAGAGGUGUGUGUGCGCGUGUGCCUUGUUUGUCGGUUCGUUCGAGCGUACCUGCUGCCACAUGGCCAUGAACUAAAAGGUUGAGGGAGAGAGAACGAGACACAACACACACGGCAGCACAGCAAACCAACCACAGAGAGACACACAGACAUGCCAGGAACCACGCAGGCACCAACGCAGGCGCGCCGCCUCUUUCUUCUCUCUCUCUGUCUGUCUUCGUGCGCUGCGUGUGUGAUCCUUCCGUGUGGCUUUGUUGUCGGUCAGUGUGUGUGUGUGCACGUAAGUACCUGCAUCAUCAUUUCUGGCGUCAUGCCCAUGCCCAUCCCCAUCGCCCCCAUCAUCAUCGGGUUGAAACCCAUCAUAGCCGACAUGUCACCACCUGCUGCCGCACCACCACCAGCACCAGCACCGGCACCGCCGGCGGCCAUAGCCGUCAUGUCACCAGCCCCUGCCGCACCAGCCUCUCCAUCGGCCUUUUUCUCUCCCUCUCCCUCUUUCUUGUCGCCCUCCUCCCCUUCGGCCUUCUUGCCCUCACCUUCAGCACCAUCCCCCUCGGUCCCCGCUGCCUCCUUCUCCUUGUCGGCUCCCUCGCCCUCGGCCUUCUUCUCCCCUCCCUCCCCCGCAGCCGCACCGGCCCCCUCAGGCCCCUCUGGUGGAUUGAUGCCGGGGGCCGUGCCGAAGUUCAUCAUGGCAGUGCCGUCGGCGCCCCACAUCUGGCUCAUGUCCAUGCCCAUGCCCAUCAUCGGCAUGCCCAUGCCCAUCGGGGGGAAGAAGGGCGGGAACCCACCCACACCCAUGCCUCCAGGGGCGCCGUACGGCGGGUACAUGGCCUGCGGCCCGGGGGACGGCCCUCCCCGCCAGCUGGCGGGGGGGCCGGUGCGGCUGCGUGACUCGAGUGCGGUGCCGUUGCGGUCAGCGAAGGAGUAGUGCUCGCCACUCGCUGCCAGGGUCUGUGGAUCAAAGGCAGGCAGGCAGGCAUGGAUUAUGUAUGUGUAAAGCUUUCCAGUCAGAGUAGGCUGGCUGACCGAUUCGAUGAGGUAUUGGAUGUAGUCUCUGGCGUCGUUGGCGGACUCCUGAGUCAUGGCGCGGACCUCAACCUCACUGAUUCAUGGAUGGAUACCACACAGAUCGGUUCAACCAACAGCCAUACUUCGCUAUUGAUAGGCAAAUACACAUACACACCCACACCCACACGUAUGGUACCGUUCGUCUCCGGUGACUUCCGAGUCCCUCUGGAUGAUGACCUUGCACUGGUACCGCUCCUCAACGCUCCGGAUGGACUCGCCCUUGCGGCCAAUGACGAUGCCCACGUGGUUGUUGCGGAUCAUCAAAGACGCAGAGCAGCCACGCGGGCGGUACCCCUCCCACGGAGCUAUGCCACGCGCCUCGCGGUCGCGUUGCUGCACACAUGAAUGAGAGAGAGAUUGAGGUAUGACACCACUUAAGUCUUCGUUGUUGGUCGAGUGGGUACCUUCUGGUCGACCUCGGCGAGGAGCUUUUUGAUGUCCUCCUUGGCGGCGUCGAUCUUCUCACGCGGGCCCUCGAAGUGCACCGUCCGCUGGGUGCCGCCGUCCGGCUCACGGUGGAUCUGGAUCUGUCACAGGACGGGCAGUGCAUUGCAACACGGAGAGAGAGAGACGGCUGCAGCCACUCUACUUGUAUGCUCUCGUGUGUGCGUGUCUGUGUGUGUGUGUGUGUACCUUGAUUCUGUGGUCUGCCUGUAGCUUGCGUAUGUUCUCGCCGCCCUUGCCGAUGACCACGCCGGCCUGCUCGUUGGUCACGUUCAUCUCCUCGCGGACCUUUCACACACAACAGACAAGACAGCACAUAGCAACACACACAAAAGAUUAGCGUCCCACAGAGCAUAGCUCCUUUAUUCCUUUUUGUCUUUGCUCGCUGACUGACCGAGUUGGGGCCCCAUUGCCCGUAGGACAUAGACAUGUCUGCCGGUGGUGCAACGGGCUGGUUGACGAUGUAGGCCUGCCAAGCCCACAGACAGACAGAAGACAUGCAAUGCACUCAGAGGGUGUGCAGGCCAGGCGUGUGUGUGUGCCGUCCUUGGCCUUGUUGGUGCUGCGUACGUUUCGCAGGUGUGACUUGAUAGAUUCGUCGGCCUGGAAGAUCUGCAGCAGACUCUGCUCGGCGUUGUCCAGGUCUGUGCGGCUGUCUGACUCCAGCUGACAGACAACACGCAAUCACGCGAUCACGCAAGCACAAUGGCGGCCGACACACGGCGGUGGAUUGGAUGUGUGUGGUCGACGGUGGGUCGGUGGAUCGCUCACGAAGAUGGAGAGGUCGUUGGUGGUUCGGUCGAUCCUCAGAGUGGGUGAGCAUCGCGUCUCGUCGCGGAAGCGAUCCUUGUACAACACCGACGAGAACAAAUCACCUACACAGACAGACCAACAGCAAACACACAGACACCGACACACCAUCCAUCCAGCCAGCCAGCCAUCUCCGAACAGUCUGCUUACGGACGAAUGGCAGGUCUGCGUGUCUGGGCACGUCGACCGUCUUGGACUCCCUCUUGCCUGUCCCCCAGCUCCACUGCUGCCCCCCGCCCCCCUGCUGCACACGCUUGAGCGCCUCCAUCGCCUUGGCCCUCGCCUCACUCACUAUGUCGGCGUUGGCACCAGGGGCCAUUCCCAUACCCAUCCCGCCACCGCCACCCAGCGGCAUCAGAUUCGCCCCGGUCGCCCCGGUCGGCCCGCCGCCGAGCGGCAUGAGGUUGGCGCCGGUAGCACCGCCUGGAGGCGGAGGUGAUGGGCUGCCAGACGCGCCAUCGGGGGUGUCGCUCCAGCGACUCACCCUGCACGAGAGAUGGCCAGACAGAGAGGGAGGAAUGAGACAUGAGAGGCCCAUGGGCGUGUCGGGAUGCCUUCAGGGAAGCGUGUGAGUGCGCAUGUGUUAGUAUCUGUCUGCCAGCAGCUGUGCCUCCCUCCCGCUCUGACUGACCUGGGACGCUUGCUCUGAGGCUCUGCACGCACACACAUACAGGACAGGAACAGCGGGAGAGAUGAUCUCAUGCAGGCAGGCAGCGGGAUGACGGGGCUAGUCUCUCUCUCCGCUGUGUGCAGCGAGUGCACCCACUUACCGUCGUAGGACAUGACCAGAGAUGACAAGAUCACUGCAUAGCCAGUGCUCCAGUCCACACCGCAGUACCGCAGAUCUCUGAAUCACCGCCUCGCC